CCCUUCUUUUUUUUCUCUCUUUUGGCUUUCGACAUUUUUAUUUAUUUAUUUAUUCAUAUGAUGACUGAAACUAUUCUAUUUCCUUCUGCUUCUCCAGCGUCAAAGUUAUCAGCAUGUCCAAGCACAAAAAUUCCUCAAGCGACAGACUGGAUCUUUCAAGAUUUUUUUAGCACCAUGUUGGACGGAACUGCAUCACCUUCUGUGAAGAUUUCAGAACUGUUUCCUCAUGAGCCUCUGCUGCAUGGCAAACAAGUGCCUUUCCAAGCAUAUCAAAAGACAUUUUCGGAUGAUCUAAUUGCAUCAUGGUUUGAAUAUAGCAAUGUUGUUUCCGUAGAAGAUGAUGAAGAAUAUUAUGAAGACACACCCGAUCUUGAUAACACAAAAAGCAGUGACGAAGAAGAUGAAGGGGAUGAAGAGUUUGUACAAUAUGUCAACAUGGCUCCUGUCUUGAUUGAGUCUGGCAUUUCAUCAUGUGUAACAUCCACUGAACAGCACCCUGCGGUGGCUAAAAUAACUACUAGUCGAGAACAAUCACCAUCCAAGACUGUUGAACAGAACACGAAUGCUAGUCAUUUAAAUCAAAUGUUAAAAAAAAGAAAAUCAACUUCUUCUUUCAGUUCUCUCAAGUCGUUUAUGAAUGUGUUCCACAACAACAAGAAGUCCAAAAUGAACCAUGCUUUGACCAGCACACCUACAGGACAACUUGUCACCAAUACAAUGACAAAAAAAUUCCUCAAAUAUUUUAAACGUGCAUAAUCUAUACCAUAUAAGAACCAGCUUCUUAUUCACUGUGUAUAAUUUUAUUUCAUUCUCUGUUGAUCAGAAUAAUAGUAAUAAUAAUGAAAAUAAAAAAUAUUUAAUCUAUAUGAACA